AUGGUGGACUCCCCGGAGGAGUUGAUGGGAGAGUCUCGACUAGGGAAGUCAUGCAUUUCCAUUGUGACAACAUCUCCCCUAUUAAGUCAACAAUUCUUAAAUCAAACGUGUUCCGUUCGUUUAUUAUCGUUAUCAUCGAUUAAACACAAACGAUCUCAUACAAAUAUUCGAGAUGGGGCUGUGCGUGAGUUGAAACUACGUCCUGAGAAAACACAAACUCCAUUAUCCGUGAACGUUGAUGAAUAUUACGGUGGUAAAGGACAAGUGAGAGAAACAGAUUUUGAAACAUUGUUCGGCGAUGAAAAUAUCAAAUACGAAGAUUUACCUAUUGUACACAUGAAAUGCACGAGAAAUAACACCCACAUUGAUGUGACAGCACCGGAUGGUAAUCAAAUAUUUUAUGCGACAUGUGGUAUUGUUGGUUUUCAUAAUGCUAAAAAAGGAACAACAACUGCUGCUCAAGCUGUUGGCACAUAUAUGGGCAAUCAGUUACAGAGAAGAAACAUUAAAACCGUGCGAAUUGUCGUUAAAGGAAUUGGCCCUGGGCGUUUAAUGGCCAUUAAAGGAUUACAAAUGACUGGUGUACAAAUAAUAUCGAUUACAGAUAAUACAAAAAUACCUGUACUAUGGAAUAACAUUGAUAGACCGAAAAAAAUGAGAAGAGUUUAG